AGGCGUUAUGCUCACUGUUGUUCUAGUCUCUAGUUUCUAACAACAACUACUACUCAUUCAUUUUUGAGUGCCAUGAACGUACCUUCCUCAAACUUCAUCUUCACCUUCGCCAUUCCCUGAGCCAUGCCUUCUUCUCCCAAAUCCUAUGCCCUCCCCUACGGCCGCCACCCCUCGCCCUUCGUCGCGCGUAGAUCCACCCUCUCCCUCCUCCUCAUCUCCGUUCUCAUCAUCCUCUUCCUCUUCGCCAUCGUCCCCUACCUAACCCAGAUUCGCCACAGUGGCUGUGCCGACGUGCACCCCCGAUCGGUGCGCGUCGUCUGGGAGCACGCCGGCAACGCGAACGCUGCUGUCGGUGUUGGAGAUGGAGAGAGGCACAAGGUGAUGGGGUUUGUGGGCGUUCAAACGGGAUUUGGAUCCGCUGGGAGAAGAGAGGCGUUAAGGAAGACGUGGUUUCCCUCUGAUCGCCAAGGCCUUCAACGCUUGGAAGAAGCCACUGGGUUGGCAUUUAGGUUUAUCAUUGGUAGAACAAGUGACAGAGGAAAGAUGUCCGCACUUCAUAAGGAAGUAGCAGAAUAUGAUGAUUUCAUUUUGUUGGAUAUCCAAGAGGAGUACAGUAAGCUCCCAUACAAAACGUUAGCUUUCUUCAAAGCUGCUUAUGCUCUUUUUGAUGCUGAAUUUUAUGUCAAAGCUGAUGAUGACAUAUAUUUAAGGCCAGAUCGUCUAUCAUUGCUACUGGCCAAAGAACGAUCUCAUCCUCAGACAUACAUAGGAUGUAUGAAAAAAGGACCUGUUUUCACUGAUCCAAAACUCAAAUGGUAUGAGCCUUUGUCUAAUUUGCUUGGAAAGGAGUAUUUUCUUCAUGCCUAUGGUCCUAUUUAUGCUCUUUCUGCUGAUGUUGUCUCAAGCUUGGUUGCUCUUAGGAAUGACAGUUUCCGAAUGUUCAGCAAUGAGGAUGUUACUAUUGGAGCUUGGAUGCUAGCUAUGAACGUCAACCAUGAGAAUAAUCAUGAACUUUGUGCUACAGACUGCACAGCCACAUCUGUUGCUGUGUGGGAUAUUCCAAAGUGUUCAGGUCUCUGCAAUCCAGAAAAGAAAAUGUUGGAACUCCAUCAAAAGGAGACCUGCUCUAAGACCCCAACUCUGGAAUCAGAUGAUGAAUAGAAUUUGUGGGUAUAUAAAAGCAAAGAAAGCUCAGAAAGCUAUCACUGCCAUUCUUAUGAUCUUUCUCAUUCCAUUUAUUAGAAGAGAGGUGGUUGUGUUUUAUUUCCUCAGUUUUCUUCCCCUUGUAUACUUGGGAGAGGUUAGCAUUAGCCUAUAUGAACAAGGUUCUUUAGGGAAGGCUUUUAUAUAUAUAUAUA